ACAUGACAGAAGAAAGUAAUAAAACGGUCCUCUGAAAUCCUCUUUGGAUGGAAGCCCAUGGAUGAAAAAGAUAAAAGAUUUCAGAAAAAACUUGACUCCUCCUAAGCUUGGAAACAUUGCUUUUCAGAGCCGGUCUGUUGGGCCCCCUUGUGGCUAGAAAAAACUCACUUCCUCAAAAUUAGGUAACUAUUAGAGCCCUUAAUCCACAUCAAUUCUCAGUCAGACAAUUUAAAAACUAGAAGAUUUAAGUGAGCCCGUCCACAGGACGACCUCUCCCUCAGCAAGAUGACGGACUCUGUCCCCAAGCAGCUGCGUCUCCUCACAGCUUCAGCCGCCAUCAAGGAGCGGGGCAAGUGGGGCAGCAAGAAAGAGUUCAUCCUCUCUGUUGCCGGGGCUAUUAUUGGACUCGGCAAUGUGUGGAGAUUUCCCUAUCUUUGUUACAAGAAUGGUGGUGGUGCAUUCCUAAUUCCUUACAGCCUCUUCCUUGUGACGUGCGGCAUCCCCCUGUUUGUGCUGGAGACAGCACUGGGCCAGUACACCAGCCAGGGAGGCAUCAUGUGCUGGAGGAAGAUCUGCCCUUUGUUUGAAGGGAUGGGAUAUGCCAGCCAGAUUAUAAUAUUUUAUGGAAGCAUCAGCUACAUCGUGGUUUCAGCCUGGGCUUUCCUCUACCUCUUCUCCUCGUUUUCUAAGGAGCUGCCAUGGGCGACUUGUGAUAACGAAUGGAAUACAGAUAAUUGUGUGGUCAUAAACACCUACGAUGCAUCUGGUAACUGGACCUCCCCUGUAAAUGCUUCAUCAUCCUCAUCAUCCUCCAUCAUGGAGUUUUGGCAGAGACGGGUGUUGAAUCUAUCUACCGGCAUAGAGACUUUGGGAAACUUACGUUGGGAUCUUUCUUUGUGCCUUCUCCUGUCCUGGGUCAUCUGCUACUUUUGUGUCUGGAAGGGAGUGAAAUCUACAGGAAAGGCCACGUACUUCACAGCCACAUUCCCAUUCCUCCUGUUAGCAGUGCUGUGCAUCAGAGGAAUGACUCUUCCAGGAGCUCUCCACGGUAUCAAAUAUUACCUUUACCCUGAUCUAGCACGACUUGCAGACCCACGGGUUUGGGUUGAUGCUGGGACACAGAUAUUGUACUCCUAUGCCGUAUGCUUGGGCUUCCUGACUUCUCUUGGGAGCUACAACAAGUACAACAACAACUGUUACAGAGACUCCAUCUAUCUGUGCUUGUUGAACAGUGGGACCAGCUUUAUAUCUGGAUUUGCCAUUUUCUCCUUUUUGGGCUACAUGUCACAAAAGCAGGGUGUCGAUAUUUCUGUGGUUGCUGAAUCAGGCCCUGGUCUGGUCUUCAUCGUCUAUCCACAGGCUGUGACUCUGCUGCCGUGGCCUCAGCUCUGGUCUGUGUGCUUCUUUGCAAUGAUCAUCCUCUUGGGAAUAGACAGCCAGUUUGCAGGCCUUGAAAGCAUCAUGACCUCUUUAACAGACAUCUACCCCUCCCACAUUCGCAGAGGAUGGCACAGAGAAUUAUAUUUACUCCUGAUUUGUUGCAUUAGCUUUGGGUUUGGACUGUUUUUAGUUUCAGAGGCUGGCCCAUAUAUCCUCCAGAUUUUUGAUCACUAUGUGUGCAGUGGGCCCACGCUUCUUAUGAUGGCAAUUUUCCAGUCGGUCAUCAUCGGAUGGAUUUAUGGAUCUGGCCGUUUUUACGACAACAUUAAGGACAUGAUUGGCUAUAAACCCCUUCCGCUGAUUAAGUACUGCUGGAUGUAUGUUACUCCUCUCAUUUGCUUUGGAACCCUUGUAUUCCUGCUUCUGAAACACAGUCCACUGAUGUUCAGUAACACGUAUGUGUAUCCAUGGUGGGCCUAUCGUAUCGGCUGGUUUCUGGCUACGUCUUCGUUGUCUACAAUCCCUCUCAACAUGAUUUGGAAACUUUCUAAAGGAGAAGGAACUCUCUGGCAGCGUCUCAAAACAAGCGUCCAGGCUGCAGAUGAUCUGACUGUGAUGGCAAAUGAAUUGGGAAGCAUUGAUGAUUCUGUGGCAUCUCCAUGAUGACAGGAACUGCAAAUGUAUCCCGUGUCUUUGAAAUAACAUUUUUAUUAGUUUUUUUAUGUUUUAAAUUUGUGUUCAACAUGUUAUGGCAUCAUUGAAACACAGCUUGUAAUGCAGUGUAGCAGCACUAUUACCAGUUAUGAAGUUAAAUACACAAUAUAUACUUAGUCUUUUAUGUUUUGCAUUUAAUUUUCAUUAUAUUUUACUGUCUUCUGUUAGGCUUUUGGAUCUCUGUAAAGGUGCUAUUAAAAUAAGAUGAAUUGUAUUUUUUAUUAUUAAAUCAAAAAUAAAUAAACGAAUUAAAAGGUGAAAAGUGAAAGGAAGAAAUUAUAUCUGUGUUCCAGAUGGAAGAUAAGCUUCGGAUGGAUGGAUGGACUGUUUUUUAAACACACAUCAUUUGGAUGAUAAAGUAAAGUUAAAAAUUUAAUUUGAUAAAAUGCAACACAUAUUCAAAAAAAAUAAUAAUAAAAAGAAGAAAAAAAGUGUCAUGAUUAAUGAAAAAGUGAGAACAAGACUUAAUUUUACAUUAGGUGACUGUAAACUUAUUUAUACUCAAUGUAUUAAUGUAUCUUGUAAAAAUAUUUUUACUUAA